AUGAGAGAAUACAAGCUGGUCGUGUUAGGUUCUGGAGGUGUCGGUAAAUCUGCCUUGACUGUCCAAUUCGUACAAUCCAUCUUUGUCGAAAAGUAUGACCCAACUAUUGAAGACUCGUACCGUAAACAAGUUGAAGUUGAUGGACAACAGUGCAUGCUCGAAAUCCUGGAUACUGCCGGAACAGAACAAUUCACUGCUAUGCGAGACUUGUACAUGAAGAAUGGUCAAGGCUUCAUCCUUGUAUACAGCAUCACUUCUCAAGCCACAUUCAACGAUCUGGUCGAACUACGAGAGCAGAUUUUACGUGUCAAGGAUACCGACAAGGUCCCUAUGGUGUUGGUUGGCAACAAGUGUGAUUUGGAAGAUGAUCGUGUUGUGACCAAAGAUCAAGGUCAUGGAUUGGCUGGUCAAUGGGGUGGCUGCACAUUCCUCGAAACCAGUGCCCGGAAAAAGGUCAAUGUCGAUGAAGUCUUCUUUGACCUCGUCAGACAAAUCAACCGAAGCAUGCCUGAAAAGGACAAGGGCAAGAAGGAGAGGAAGGGAAAGUGCAACAUCCUUUAA